AUGUUUGCUCCAAGAUCUUCAAGACCUGCUACCGUUGCUAUUUAUCCUUCAAAAAACGGUGGGCUCCGCCGAAAAAAGAAAGGCGAAAAUAUAACUCCUGCCAUUGAACUUGAGCGAAUUCUUGGGUUAACAACUUCAAAACCAACUGCAAUAUCAACCGCUCCUACUCAUGAUCUUGUAGCUUAUGCUGCCGGCUCUGUCGUUGUAUUAUAUAAUCACAAGAAAAAUAAACAAGUUGGCUUUUUACACGCGUCUUCGGCGGUGUCUUCUGCUCCGCCUCAACCCCCUCCUAAUCGACAUACUAUCGUUGGUGAUUCUAUAUCAACCAAUCCUUUGAGUUCCCUGGGGUUACUGGAACCUCCAGGUACCAAUGCUAAUGGAAAUUCUUCUAAGAAACCUGCUGUGAGCAAUAAGGCAAAGCCUAUAUCAUGUCUUGCUUUUUCUCCUGAUGGUAAUUUCUUAGCUGUCGGUGAGCCAAUAACUCUAAAUUAUCUGGGUACUUUACCAAAACCGCAUCCUCUGGGUGUGGAUUUGACUUUACAGACUGGAUCAACUUAUAACGGUGCUGGUGAUCCUAAUGAAACAUAUCCAGAUACAACUGCUAUAAAAUUUGAUGCUGAAACCGGAAAACUUACUUGUAUAUAUAGUGAUCGUAGUCUUUUUAUAUGGGACAUUAAAGAUAUAAAAAAAAUUGGAAAAUAUAGAAGUUUCCUAUACCAUUGUGAUACUAUUUGGGGUGUAGAGAUGGUACCACACGAUGCUGCUGAUGGUACGUCUAUGUUACCAGAAAAUACUUUCGUCACUUAUUCCGCUGAUAGUACUAUCAGAUUUUGGAAUUUUGACGGUUCUGUUAACUCGACCGCUUCAAACGGUUCUUCCGGCGGAAAUAACAACAACUCAUCUAUAAAAAGAAACAUUUAUAGCAAAGAGUGUUUGAAGAUUGUUUAUGCGGAUCCGGACGGCAAAUACCGUUCAUGUGCUUUGGAGACAAAAAAUGAAAAAUCUGAUUCUUCGGAUCAACUUAAUGCUACUUCCGUAGAAUCCGGUAUCCGUACUUUAAAAAUUAGUCCCGAUGGAAAAUUGAUGGCAUCUGGUGACCAAAUUACUUAUCAGGAAGCUCAUGAUGCUGAGAUACUGACAAUUGAAUUUACCGAUUCACGUGCACCUGGUGAAAUCUUGCAUGUCUUUGAUGUUAACAAUAAUUUUCAAUUGGUUCAAACUUUGGAUGAUCAUUCUUCGUCUAUAACUGCCAUAAAGUUCACAAAUGAUGGUGGAAAGUUGAUCACAACUGUAUUUGAUAUGGACAUUGAUAUAUCAAAUCGAUACAUCGCUACGGUAUCAGGAGAGCGUCGAUUAAAUGUUUAUCAUAUUGAUACUGGUAAAAAUGUGCGUUCAUACAAAUCAGAUACACCUGAGGAAGUCAAUACUGCUGAUCAAGGAAGUUUACUUAGAAUUUCUUUGGACCCUGGUGGAGUACAUGCUGUAACCGGCGGUUCGGAUAAAAGUAUUCGACUUUUCGAUUUCACUAAUGGAUCGAUAUUGGGCAAAGUUCUUGGACAUUCUGAAUUAAUUACCGGUGUAAAAUUUACUUCUGAUUGUGAACGUGUUAUUUCGACUUCUGCUGAUGGUUGUAUAUUUGUUUGGAAAAUAUCUGAUGAAUUGGUUUCAAAAAUGCGACAAAAAUGGCUUGAUAGAAGUGGCGUUAGUGGUUCACUUGAAAAGACAUCACCUUUGAUGAGGGACUAUCUUCUUCCACAAUCAUCAACUCCACCACCAACUAUACCUAAAUCUAUCAUGCCUGCACAAAAACCACAAUCACUUAUGGUAGAUCUUCAACAAUCAUCAAAUGAUGAUGGUCAAGAAUCAGGUUUCUCUGUUCGUCGAGUAACAAAUGGUUUAAAAAUCAAAAAAUCUUAUUCAUCUUUAUCUGCUAUGGAACUUCAAAAUGAAGAGAAUACAAAAAAAUUUGCUGCUAAAAGGCCUGCAUCUUUUGCAAAUGAUAGUUCAUCACAACAAAAAUCUACUCAAUUAACGCCUAGGUUUUCAUUAGACCAUAGUAAACUGCCUAUGGCUACUUCACCACCACCUUCUAAUCAGACAGGAAUAUCUACACCACCUUCUAAUCCGACAGGAAUAUCUACACCACCCAACACUCCAACUAAUCCAAGCUCUGCAAGGAGAGAAUCCUGGAAAAUCGGUCUACCUAGUUGGGCAAAAAAGGCUUUUAAAGAAAAAGAAGAAGAAAAACGUCCUAAGGAUAAAACUUCAAAUAAUAACACUAAUUUAGUUUCCAAUGUUCUCGUCAGUAGUCCAACACAGGAAAUUAAUCAUCAACUUAAUGUAGAAAAAAAGUUACCUUCAAUUCCAAAGCCUUUGAAUAGAGCAAAAUCACAAAGUAAAUUACGUCAAGAUGCAACCAAAUCAUUAUUAAAUACGGAAUCAGAAAAAGAUGAAUUAAAACCUGCAAAUAAUCCUGCUUCAUUUAAUGAGAAAUUAUCAUUACCCCAAUCAUCGAUUCUCUCUACGGACGCCGAAGUAGCUUUGUGGGAAGUAUUAAAGUUGUGGAAUUUAAUGGUGAUCGACCAAAAAAAUGUUCAAAAAUUGGAGGAUUUCUUACAUAUUGAAAUCCAGAAGACUAGUGCAGAUAAUUCGACUUUGGAUAGUAAAGCAAAAAAGAGGCAAAGUUUGACCAUGAAAUUUUAUACAGGGAGUCAACGACAAUCUAAUGAUUCAAGUGGUCGUAAUAGUUUGAUAGAUGCAUUGACUAAAAUUAUAGGUAAACAAGAUUUAGCCAUAAGUGAGGAUGAAGGUGGUGUUUCGGAGGCUUUAGAAGCUUUGGAAAGGAAGUCUUUAGAAAUAGAGAAUCAUGAGAAUCAUGAAAAUGAAUCCCUCGUUAAGGAAGACUCUACUACUAUUGGGGAAGACUCUACUACUAUUGAACAAGAUUCUACUACUAUUGGACAAGACUCUUAUAAGAAAUCACCACUACCGUCAAUGAUUUAUUCAACACCGUCAUCUCCAGCCACGUCAACUAAAGAAACUGUUAGUGAUAUGAACCUAAAACAUGAUUCUGACAAUGGACAAUAUGUCAAUGAUAAUGACUUAAAAGUUGAUGAUCUUGGUAUUUCGAUAUCUAAUGGAUACCAAGAUAACAGAAACUUUAAUGAGCCCGAUGCUAAUGAAGAAGAACAAGUCAAUGAAGAAUGUGUUAUGGACGAUGUAGUAACCAUGACGGUGCUUUUAGAACGAACUCUUUUAGCAUACAAAAAAGUAUCUUCGCCCGCCUCAAAGAAUGAAAGUAUAGCAAAAUUAAUUUCUGAUAGUUUAAGUGGGAUGAUGGAUGAUAUAAAUAAGAGUCUUAAAGAAAGUGAAGAACAAACAAAUGAUCAAGUAUAUGAGUCUACAAAGAGCCAAAUCAACGUGCCUGAAAUUAUUGAACCUGGACAUGAUACAUAUCAUGAUGAGGGUGAUUUAGAGCCUAUGAUCUUGUAUGGUACAGUUAGUGGUGACCACGAAAAAAAAUAUUCUGAUUUGUUGGUAAAAAUGGUUGAAGAAAAACUGGACGCUAAAACUAAAAUAAAUGUUGAAGAAUCAACAAGUAAUACACAAUCAAGCAUUAACGAUAACACAUCGAAUAUUCCUGCUGUUAACGGAAAAUAUACUAAACCAACGAAGGGUGGAAUGAUACCAGUGAUGCGAAACAAAGUUAGAAAGUAA